CCCAGAACUCCCUCUCAAACUACACUCAUCAUACUCUUAGAACGUCCUUUCGUCCCUACCACACACUCAAACACGAUGUCGUCUCCCUCUUCAUCCACUGCGACCCUCGUAUCAUCCAACAAGAGCGCAUUCUCUGUCAAGGGAAAGAAAAAUAUCUUCUCGUCCGUCUUCGGUGCCAGAUCUAGCACAUCGUUGAACACUGGAACUAGCACUUCCACCGCUACUACCAAGGCAGUGACGAAGCCCGAUGCCGCAUUCGGUAAUCUCGCCACGAAGUACGGCUGGGCGGCAGCUGGACCUGGCUUUGCAGCUCCCAUCGAUCCUUAAAGUCUUAUAGACGCUCAAGACACCGUGUCUUAAUGACGCAUUCGUGAUUCGGAAACCCACCCGAUUCAUCAUUACCCCCAUAGGCUAUUACCAUGGAAAUGCCACAGGUAGCCACAAGCCUCAGAGUGAGGCGGGGACGAGGACGGAGGCGGGGGUAGGGGCAAGAAGGAAAGGCGGUAGUUGGGAGAUGCAGUCGGGUAUGGCAAAAGUUCACAUCGCCUUACUUUCCGACUCCCGUGACGUACAAUAUACAUACCAUCGCAUCGCGACUGAUGUACCAUUCCGCAAUCAUUUUACCCAUGAGCAUCAGAGACUUGGGGUCGAUCGGG